UUAGUAAGUCGCAACAAAUCCAUCGUAACAUUCGAAUAACUCUUUCAGUAAUCCAGUCGUAGUCUCAGAAUAAAAUCGACUUCCCUAGCCAAAGCUCCAACUAGUAAAAUAAUUCAAGUAGAACCCACAACGCCGCCAGGAUGAAGACGUUAAAUUUGCGUCAGAUGGCCCCAGAAUUCGAUACGAUUGCCGUCGUGGCCGGGGGCUUUCGUCAUCUAUCGCUGAGCGAUUUGCGUGGCCGUUAUGUGCUGCUGGUGUUCUAUCCCGCAGACUUUUCGUUUGUCUGCCCCACCGAGCUGCAGGCAUUCAGCGAUCGUGCGCUGGAGUUCCGCAACGUGGGCUGCGAGGUGGUCGCCUGCUCGACGGACAGCCACUUUGUGCACUGCGCCUGGAUGGCUCAGCCGCGCAAGAAGGGCGGCCUGGGCGAAAUGGACAUACCGCUGCUGGCGGACAAGUCCAUGAAGAUAGCCAAGGACUAUGGCGUGCUGGAUGAGAAGACGGGCCUGGCCCUGCGCGCCACCUUCAUCAUCGAUCGCGAGGGUCAGGUGCGACAGAUCACGAUCAACGACAAUGGUGUCGGUCGCAGCGUGGACGAGUCACUGCGUCUGAUCCAGGCGUACCAGUUUAGCGAUGAGUUCGGUAUGGUGUGCCCCGUCAACUGGAAGGUGGGAGCCAAGGGCAUGAAGGCGGACGAGUCCGGCAAGGAGGAGUAUUUCAAGAAUGCCACAUAAACACCCCACACACACACACACACACACACACACACACAGAGUUAACACACAUACAAAGCGAGUGCAGGCAGUUCAAUAAAUGUUACCCUGGAAAAAAAAAUGUAA